CCGCCCUCUUCGUAAAUAUUCAGGACCCGAAUGCCCUGCGUCCGCUUGCGUGAUGACGCAGCGCGACAAAUGCGGAUCCCGAUUGCUGCAAACGCUUGUCAGUGUGACGAAGAUUGGCACCAAGGUCAGUUCCCUCUCCCCGCUUAUAUAAUGCCCCAGUGUUGGCAGUGGCCACUUUGAAUAUGAUGGCUACCCAGUCAGCGUCCUUAGAGCAAUAUCAAGAGGGAGACCAGCAGAUACAGGUGAUGGACCAGUCGGACAGUAACCCUGAAGAGGGUUUUGCCAAUGGAAACAUAGGAACAUCAAACAGCCCUGCAUCCACUGAACCACAGACGCAAAUGGAUGCUGACAAAGCCUCUAUAUAUAGACAUCCCCUUUUCCCUCUUUUGGCUCUGCUGUUUGAAAAGUGUGAGCAGUCUACUCAGGGCGCUGACUGUGCAUCUUCUGCAAGUUUUGACGUGGACAUUCAGAACUUUGUACGCAUUCAGGAGAAAGAGGGCAAGGCCUUCUUUAUUGAAGAUUCUGAAAUUGAUAGCUUGAUGGUCAAGGCCAUCCAGGUGCUUAGGAUUCAUCUAUUGGAGCUGGAGAAAGUAAGUGACCUCUGCAAGGACUUCUGCAGUCGUUACAUUACCUGCCUCAAGACCAAGAUGAACAGUGAGACACUGCUGAGUGGAGAGCAAGGUAGCCCGUACUCUCCGACCCAUGACCAGAUGUCCAGCUCUUUCUCAGGCACCUUUAGUCCACAGGGCCUUGUGGUGCCUACAUCAGGUCAUCAACAGGGCAAUGUUACCUUGGCAACUGUCAAUCCAUCACAGGGGGUGAUGGGUAAUGCACUAUAUCAGCCAGUAACAGUCGUCACACCACAGGGGCAAGUUGUGACACAAGCCAUCUCACCUGGCACGAUACAUAUUCAAAGCUCACAGCUUCAACUUCAGCUCAAUCAGGACUUGAGUUUCUUUGGUGCUGAUGACAGCUCACCUAAAAACAAACGGGGUGUUCUUCCCAAACAAGCUACUAAUGUCAUGCGUUCCUGGCUUUUCCAGCACAUUGCACAUCCCUAUCCUACUGAAGAAGAGAAGAAACAGAUUGCAACUCAAACUAACCUGACUUUACUGCAAGUUAAUAAUUGGUUCAUCAAUGCCCGUAGACGGAUCUUGCAGCCAAUGCUGGAUGCCAGCUGCUCAGAAACGCCCAAAACAAAGAAGAAAUCUGCUCAGAGUCGCCCUCUACACCGCUUCUGGUCGGACUCCAUCGUCUCUUCUGGAACCCAGCAGCAUCUAACAAUGCCAGAUGGUAGUUUGGUAACAGUUGGGAUGAACGUAGAUGGCUUCCAAGCUCUUUCAUCAGAUGGUGCAACUCUUGCCAUGCAACAGGUUAUGAUGGGAAAUCACAGCGAGGAGGAAUCGGAAGAAAGUGACAAUGAAGAAGGCGACACAGAUUUGUCAUCUGCCAACAUGACUGGGCUGGGUUUAGAUGUUACUGACUAAACUACGUGGAUUUCAGAACACGCACUGCAUGCUUACAUAGAUAUUCAGCCAAGCUGAUACUUGUGCACUACAAGAAAAUAUUUAGAGUACUGUAUGUGGGCCUUUUACAAUACACAAACACACAUGAACAGUUUACAGACAGCACAAUGUCGUGGAAGGGUGUGGUGUGUGUGCAUUUUAGCGCCUGUUUUUAUUGCAUAGCUGUGCAGGUAAGUGCACUUUUAGGUAUGAGAUACACUUUGUGAAAAUUGACAGAAAAUGCAAGUAAACACACUGAGGCAAGUUUUAAACUCCUUUAGUACAUGUUUGGUAAUGAUUUGUGUUCUGUAUUAACGAAGUUGAAUGCCAAGAUUUGAGAGUUUGUCUUUGUGCUGAUUUUAUUCACACUGCAUGCUAAUGUUUGUUCACUACUAUUGAGAGCAGCUGCAAGACAGAGUCUGAGGACAAAAGAGAUUCUUAUUUUUAUAUAUGAGCAUUGUAUAAACAAAGUGUUUUUUUUUCCUUUUUUAUUAGUUUGUGUUUUAUAAGGAAUAUUUAUGUACAGAAACAUUAUAGCUAUGUGCCCUGCUUUCAGGGGAUGAUUUAAAUUUUUAAGAAAAAAAGUGGAAAAAAGAUGUUGGACUUAAAAACCAUUUUUAAUAUGUAAAUUGGUUUUAACACAUGUUACAAAAUUGCCUUACAUCUUUUAUAAAACUAUUACACUAAUAAGCACAGAAAGCCUAAUGCAUUGACUAUAUUCAGUAAUGAGUUGUAGUAUCUUCCAGUUUAUGUUAUAAUGUGUCCUAGCUGAAGAUGUUUCUUCGUUUCAGAGGGGGCUCUUUGUACUGCUCUAGGACAAUGUAUAUUUGACCUAACACACGUAAUGCUUCCAAAAUCAAACAGAUCCGUUAAAAAUACUUUGAAAAAAAAAGUGGCAUAAAAAGUCUUUAUUAAGGCGAAGUUGCCACAACACUGUACAUUCACUAUUGCUUUUUGGGAAUUGUUUAAGGACCGUAGAAGUACAGUAGUGUUUCAUAUUAAAAAGUUUUGCAACAUUGCAAAUACAUGGAUUUUCUUUGCAUGAAUGGGUGCU